ACUUUAUUUGGUCGUUGGUUGCCAUAGAAAGAACUAUGUUAUUUAUUUUUAUUUAGCUUUUAUCAUAUUUAUCGUUAGGUUAUGUAAAUUCGUGUAUAUUUGUAAAAAGAAUCACCACCUCGAAUAUGAAGUCCCAAUUUACACAAGUGAGGAACAAAAAACUUCUUCCGGAUUUAAGGAAAGAGGGUGUCCUUGAUAAAGACAUAGUCCUAACAACUAAGGAGAAGCAUGGUUGCCCUUGGGGAUCUCGAUUAUUCUCGCACCACACAUUAGCAAGUGUUAGGAAAUUAAGCUUUUUCCAUCCAUUCCAUGUACCGCAGGAUAGUUUGGACAUAGUGCUAGCGGCUACAUACAACCACUCCACGGAGAGGUUCGCCGACUGCGAGGACUUGUACCUGCAGCCUGAGACUCAUGGCUGCGACACGUGGAGGCGUAUGCGCAAUACAUACGACAAGGCACCCCCUGUCUUUAUACCUUUGGGGCACCCGAUGAAGCGCGGUGGUAUCAAGGAGCGCCGCUCGCCGCAUAGUGUGAAGCUGAUGAACUCUGGAGUGCAUUCCUCGCAGACCAACCCUGGCUACAGCAGACAGGCUGCUGGUGGCGCCAUCUUCUUCUACUGAAUUCUUCCGUUUAAAAUACAGCUCUUUCAAAAGCGAUUCCCUUCGUCCCCGUUCUAUAGGAUAUAAUUCAUUUUCCAAUUCAUUCAGAAGUUUACCCCCUCUUUUCUGGUAGGUAGUUAGGUAGACGAAAUCCCAUUAUCUACUUUUUUCCAGUCAUUAUAUUCAAAUUAUUCGUAUACUAUUUUUAUACAAAAGUUUUGUCUUGUGUCGGGCAUUGUGUCAAUCUUGAGACCCACGGAAAAGAUUUAGGUACAUACCGAUUUUACUGUUAUGAUCGUUAGUUCUCUAAUAAUAAGAUCUAGUCUUUUACUUAUUAGAUAAAUCAAUAAAGAUAUUAAUUAAUUAGUAAUUUAAAUUUUAAGUGCUUAAAUUUUUUAACAACUAAGUCCCCUAACACUAUUAUUUUGUAGAUCCAGUGAGACUAAGUGUAAAGCUCAAUGCACACAGAAGCGGCGCUUGGAGCGUUCCGCGUCGGGCUUUUAUUAUUAUAAUGUUCGAGUUUGAACGUACGCGUUCACACAAACUCCUGUGGCUGAGCGCGAUUUCAUAUAAAUUCGUACUCCUCGGUCCAUAACACUCGCGGUACCGCCUCUGACGUUUUUGGGCGUCAUUAUUUUCUUUUCGGCACACUUAUACGUUAUUUGUUAAUUUCUUUGUCAUAAAAAUAUUAUUCAUGUUCUCGUAAUAAAUAUUUUCAAGUUAUCAUUGUG